AUGUCAGAAUCAAUGAACUAUAGAGUUCAGAUAGAGCCUUCGGUGACAAGAUGCUGCUUUUGGAUACCGCUAAGAACUGGAUGCAUUAUUCUGGGAUAUUUGAAUUUGGUCAGUACAUUGCUGAGCAUCAUCGCAACCAUUACUGUGACCACAAUUCUUGGCUACGCAACAAAUGGCUUCAACCACUUCGAUGUAUCCAAGGAAGUUGAAAUUCAAAGUGUUCCACAGUUUUCUGAAUCCUCACAACAAACUGUUUUAUUUAGGAUUGCGUGGUUUAUCACGAUCAUUCUGUUCACCAAUUUUGUCUGGGUUAUCAUCAAUGCUGCCUGGUUGAUUGAAGUGCAUAAGAAACGUUCUGGCUUUUUUCGUGUCUUCAUCUCAUUGGCUUCUUUAAGGUUGAUAGUGAUAAUAAUUGGGAACAUUUAUCUUCUACAUAGUUAUGGAUCUUUCAGCCUUGUCACAAGCAUCUUCGAAAUUAUUAACUUUGUUCUGACUGCAUACUUCAUUCAGAUCUACAGUAAAUACGUCAAGCACAUGGAAAAUGAAGAAUUUAACAAGUGA